CUGACCCAGGACACCGUCCCCGAUCCAGGACACCGUCCCCGAUCCAGGACACCGUCCCCAAUCCAGGACACCGUCCCCGAUCCAGGACACCGUCCCCAGCACCGGCUUUGCCUCUGGGACCCAGAACCCCCAUCCCGGACACCCAUAUUGACCCCGGACCCCCCAGGACACCGACACUGAUUUGGGACCCACACCCGCCAUACCAGGAUCGCUUCAGGACACUGGGACUAACCCAGCACCAGGAGUGACUUGGACUCCCAGCCGGGCACCAGGAGUGCCCCAGGACCUCCCCCCGCACCCACCCAGGACCUUCCACACCCCCCAGCACCCCSUGCUCACCGAGGACCCCCCAGCUCCUCCACAAUGAACUCUACGUACGAGGUGGCACCGGGCGAGGACCCCGAGGAGCUCCCGGCCACCGAGAAGGACCUCGCAGAGGACGCGCCCUGGAAGAAGAUCCAGCAGAACACGUUCACCCGCUGGUGCAAUGAGCACCUCAAGUGUGUGCAGAAGCGCAUCGUGGACCUGCAGCGCGACCUGAGCGACGGGCUGCGCCUCAUCGCGCUGCUCGAGGUGCUCAGCCAGAAGAAGAUGGGGCGCAAGCACCACCCGCGCCCCAAUUUCCGCCAGAUGAAGCUGGAGAAUGUCUCGGUGGCCCUCGAGUUCCUGGARCGGGAGCACAUCAAGCUCGUAUCCAUUGACAGCAAGGCGAUCGUGGAUGGGAACCUGAAGCUGAUCCUGGGGCUGAUCUGGACCCUCAUCCUGCACUAUUCCAUCUCGAUGCCGAUGUGGGAGGAGGAGGAGGACGAUGAAGGCCGCCGCCAGACCCCCAAGCAGCGGCUGCUGGGCUGGAUCCAGCACAAGGUGCCGCARCUGCCCAUCACCAACUUCAAUCGCGACUGGCGCGACGGGAAAGCGCUGGGAGCGCUGGUGGACAACUGUGCCCCGGGUCUGUGCCCGGACUGGGAGAAGUGGGACCCCAACGAGCCGGUGCAGAACGCUCGGGAGGCCAUGCAGCAGGCAGACGACUGGCUGGGGGUUCCCCAGGCCACUCUGGACCCUGCUGCUACCACCAAGGACAAGCUGGGGGUCCCAAGUCCUGGGGGAUUGUGGGGUACUGGGAGAUUGUGGGGCGCUGGGGUUCCCCCUGACUCCCCCCACCCCGCAGGCAUUGAGCCACAGGGCAAUGUGGUGCUGCGCCCGGCCCAGUUCACSGUGGAGACCCUCGACGCGGGCGUGGGUGAGGUCAUUGUCUACGUUGAGGACCCCGAGGGACACACUGAGGAGGCCAAGGUGGUUCCCAACAACGACAAGAAGCGAACGUACAGCGUCACCUAUGUCCCCAAGGUCGGGGGGCUGCACAAGGUGACCGUGCUGUUCGCGGGGCAGAACAUUGACGGGAGCCCCUUUGGGGUGACCGUGGGCAUGGCCCUGGGCGAUGCCAGCAGGGUGACAGCACGUGGCCCCGGCCUGGAGCCUGUGGGCAACGUGGCCAACAAGCCCACCUACUUCGACAUCUACACUGCAGGGGCUGGCUCGGGCGAUGUGGGGGUGGUGAUCACAGACCCCCAGGGCCGGCGGGACACAGUGGAAGUGAUGCUGGAGGACAAAGGGGACAACGUGUUCCGCUGCACCUACCGGCCCGUCCUCGAAGGGCCGCACACCAUCUGUGUCACCUACGCUGGCGCCCAGGUCCCCAGGAGCCCCUUCACCGUCCAUGUGGCUGAAGCCUGCACCCCCUCGGCGGUGCGGGCCACGGGCCGGGGGCUGCAGCCGCGGGGAGUCCGAGUGCAGGACGUGGCUGACUUCAAGGUCCUGACGCGGGGUGCGGGCAGCGGGGACCUGCGGGUGACACUGCGGGGACCGGGUACGUGUCACUGCGGGAGCACGGCRGGGUCUGUGGCACACACCGUGGGGUUCCUCAUGGAAGGGCUGUGGGUGAAGGCCUUCGGGCCGGGCUUGGAGCCCACUGGCUGCAUUGUGGAGCGCCCGGCCGAGUUCACCAUCGAUGCCCGUGGUGCCGGCAAGGGGCCCCUCAAGCUCUAUGCACAGGACGCCGAGGGCUUCCCCAUCGACAUCAAGGUGAAGGACAAUGGUGAUGGCACCUUCAGCUGCGUCUAUGUCCCCACCAAGGCCAUGAAGCACACGGUCAUCGUCACCUGGGGAGGCGUCAACACCACGAACAGCCCCUUCCGUGUGAGCGUGGGCGAGGGCAGCCACCCCAGCAAGGUGAAGGUGCACGGGCCAGGCGUGGAGAAGACGGGGCUGAAGGCCAACGAGCCCACCUACUUCACCGUGGACUGCAGCGAGGCUGGACAGGGUGACGUCAGCAUUGGCAUCAAGUGCGCCCCAGGAGUGGUGGGGCCGCUCGAGGCUGACAUUGACUUCGACAUCAUCAAGAAUGACAACGACACCUUCACGGUCAAGUACACAGCGCCAGGCGCGGGGCUCUACACCAUCAUGGUGCUCUUUGCCAACCAGGAGAUCCCCUCCAGCCCCUUCCGCAUCAAAGUAGACCCAUCCCACGAUGCCACCAAGGUCAAAGCCGAGGGACCUGGGCUCAGCCGGACGGGGGUAGAGGUGGGGACCCCCACCCACUUCCGUGUGCAGACGCGGGGGGCGGGGAAGGCCCCCCUGGACGUGCGGUUUGUGGGGACGGGGCCUGGCCCAGCUGUCGCYGACUUCGAGGUCAUUGACAAUCACGACUACUCCUACACCGUCAAGUACACCCCGCUGCAGCAGGGCCCCCUGUCUGUGGUGGUCACCUAUGGGGGGGACCCCAUCCCCAAGAGCCCCUUCCCCGUCACUGUGGCCCCUCCCCUGCAGCUGGGCAAGGUCAAGGUGCAGGGGCUCAACAGCAAGGCGGAGGUGGGGCAGGUGCAGGAGUUCCAGGUGGAGGCACAGGGUGCAGGAGGCCAGGGGCACCUGGAGGUGAAGGUGACGGGCCCAUCGCGGCGCCCCGUGCCCUGCACAGUGGGGCCUGCGCCCCCCGGGAGCCCCCACCCCGUCACCUUCACACCCGCCGAGGAGGGGCCCCACCGUGUCGAGGUCACCUACGAUGGGCACCCCGUUCCGGGCAGCCCCUUCCCCGUGGAGGCUCUGCUGCCCCCUGACCCCUCCAAGGUGGUGGCCUCGGGGCCGGGGCUGAAGGGCGGCCGCGUUGGGGUGCCGGCACCCUUCUCCAUUGCCACGCAGGGUGCGGGCAGUGGGGGGCUGGGGCUGACGGUGGAGGGGCCCUGUGAGGCCAAGAUCGAGUGCCAGGACAACGGGGACGGCUCCUGCGCCGUGUCCUACCUGCCCACGGCACCCGGAGAGUACCACAUCAACAUCCUCUUCGCCGGGCGCCACAUCCCGGGCAGCCCCUUCACGGCCGCGGUCACGGCUCCUUUCGACCCGGCCAAAGUGACGGCGUCGGGGCCGGGGCUGGAGCGCGGCCGUGCKGGCGAGGCGGCCGUUUUCUCCGUGGACUGCUCGCAGGCCGGUGAGGCCGAGCUCACCAUCGAGAUCCGCUCCGAGGCCGGCGCCAAGGCCGAGGUGCUGGUGCAGAACAACCGUGACGGUACCUACGCCAUCACCUACACCCCGGCCUGUGCCGGCGCCUACACCAUCACCAUCAACUACGGCGGCCUCCCGGUCCCCAACUGCCCCGUGCGCGUCACUGUUGACCCCGCUGUUGACACCAGCAGCGUCAAGGUCUACGGCAAAGGCGUGGAGCCGCGAGGGGUGCUGCGGGAGGUGGGCACGGAGUUCACGGUGGAUGCGCGGGCACUGGCUCCCACCGGAGGGCCCCACGUCCGAGCACGGGUGCUGAACCCCUCGGGGACCCCCAUCGACACCUUCGUCACUGACCUCGGCGAUGGCACCUACCGUGUGGAGUACACCCCCUUCGAUGAGGGGCUGCACCUGGUGGAGGUGACAUAUGACGACGUGGCAGUCCCCAAGAGCCCGUUCCGUGUGGGGGUGGCUGAGGGCUGUGAUCCCACACGUGUUCGGGCGCAUGGCCCUGGCCUGGAGGGUGGCCUGGUGGGCACAGCCAACCACUUCACUGUGGAGACCAGGGGUGCGGGCACCGGGGGGCUGGGCCUGGCCAUUGAGGGUCCCUCAGAGGCGAAGAUGUCCUGCAAGGACAACAAGGACGGGAGCUGCGCAGUGGAGUACGUCCCCUUCACGCCUGGCGACUACGAUGUCAACAUCACCUUCGGCGGCCACCCCAUCCCCGGGAGCCCGUUCCGGGUGCGAGUGCGAGACGCUGUGGAUGCCUCMAAGGUGACGUGCUCAGGGCCAGGGCUGGGCCCCAGUGUCCGUGCACGGGUGCCCCAGAGCUUCACUGUGGACGUCAGUGCCGCGGGUCGCGCAGCCCUUGAGGUGACGCUGCUGGGGCCCACUGGGCUGCCGGAGCCAGUGGAGAUCCGAGACAAUGGUGACGGCACCCACAAGGUCACCUACACCCCGGCCACCGAUGGACCCUACACCGUGGCUGUCAAGUAUGGGGGGCAGGAGGUGCCGCGCAGCCCCUUCAAGGUGACAGCGCUGCCCGCCCAUGAUGCCAGCAAGGUGCGGGCCAGUGGCCCCGGGCUGAGUGCAGGAGGGAUCCCUGCCAGCCUCCCCGUGGAAUUCACCAUUGACGCCCAUGACGCUGGCGAGGGACUGCUCACGGUGCAGAUCCUGGACCCCGAGGGGCAGCCCAAGAAGGCAUCAAUCCGGGACAACGGGGACGGCACCUACACAGUGUCCUACGUGCCCGAUGUGCCGGGGCGCUACACCAGCACUGUCAAGUACGGGGGGGAUGAGAUCCCUGCGUCGCCCUUCCGUGUGCUCGCCGUGCCCGCUGGCGAUGCCAGCAAGUGCCUUGUCACAGUAUCCAUUGGGGGCCAUGGACUGGGUGCCUGCCUGGGUCCCACGAUCCAAAUCGGGGAGGAGACGGUGAUCACGGUGGAUGCAAAGGCAGCGGGACAGGGCAAGGUCACCUGCAAGGUGUCAACACCUGAUGGCGCCGAGCUGGACGUGGAUGUGGUGGAAAACCACGACGGCACUUUUGACAUCUUCUACACUGCACCUGAGCCCGGCAAAUAYGUCAUCACCAUCCGCUUUGGCGGGGAGCACGUGCCUAACAGCCCCUUCCAUGUCAUGGCCACRGAGGAGCCCCCAGCCACGGCCGAGAACCUGCGGCCCUUUAACCUGGUCAUCCCCUUCACGGUGCAGAAGGGUGAGAUCACAGGUGAGGUGCGGAUGCCCUCAGGGAAGACAGCGCGGCCCAGCAUCACCGAUAACAAGGAUGGGACGGUGACAGUGCACUAUGCCCCCUCCGAGAAGGGGCUGCAUGAGAUGGACAUUCGCUAUGAUGGCAACCACAUCCCYGGGAGUCCUCUCCAGUUCUACGUGGAUGCCAUCAAUCCACGCCAUGUCAGUGCCUAUGGGCCCGGGCUGAGCCAUGGGAUGGUCAACAAGCCGUGCACAUUCACCAUUGUAACCAAGGAUGCUGGCGAGGGUGGGCUGUCGCUAGCAGUUGAAGGUCCCUCCAAGGCGGAGAUCACCUGCCAGGACAACAAGGACGGGACAUGCACCGUGUCCUACCUGCCCACAGCCCCUGGUGACUACAGCAUCAUUGUGCGCUUUGAYGACAAACACAUCCCGGGCAGCCCCUUCACUGCCAAGAUCACCGGGGAUGACUCCAUGCGCACGUCCCAGCUCAAUGUGGGCACCUCGACUGAUGUGUCACUGAAGAUCGCAGAGACGGACCUGAGCCUAUUGGCGGCUACCAUCCGCGCGCCCUCAGGCAACGAGGAGCCAUGCCUGCUCAAGCGGCUGCCCAACCGCCACAUCGGCAUCUCAUUCACACCCAAGGAAGUGGGCGAGCACGUGGUGAGCGUGCGCAAGAGUGGGCAGCAUGUCACCAACAGCCCCUUCAAGAUCCUGGUGGGACAGUCAGAGAUUGGUGAUGCUGGCCGGGUCAAGGUGUGGGGCCAGGGGCUGCUGGAGGGCCGCACCUUCGAGGUGGCCGAGUUCAUAGUGGACACACGCAGUGCUGGUUAUGGCGGGCUGGGCCUGUCCAUUGAGGGCCCCAGCAAGGUGGACAUUAACUGCGAGGACAUGGAGGAUGGCACCUGCAAGGUCACCUACUGCCCCACUGAGCCCGGCAACUACAUCAUCAACAUCAAAUUUGCUGACAAACAUGUGCCAGGGAGCCCCUUCACGGUGAAGGUGACGGGCGAGGGGCGGAUAAAGGAGAGCAUCACGCGGCGGCGGCAGGCGCCCUCCAUCGCCACUGUUGGCAGCACCUGUGACCUCAACCUCAAGAUCCCAGGGAACUGGUUCCAGAUGGUGUCGGCGCAGGAGCGGCUGACGCGCACGUUCACACGCAGCAGCCACACGUACACGCGCACGGAGCGCACUGAGAUCAGCAAGACGCGCGGCGGGGAGACCACGCGCGAGGUGCACGUGGAGGAAUCGACCCGCGUGGGCGGCGCCUUCCCCCGUGCACCCCCGGAGCCCUUCGGUGCCUUYGGGGCCUUCGGGCCCCGCGAGGGCAUCGGCGCCUUCGCAGCCCCUGYGCGCGCACACGAGGGCGAGGCAUCAGCGCAGGAGCUGUCGGCGCAGGUGCUGAGYCCAUCGGGGCAGCGGCGCGAGGCCGAGGUGGUGCCGGGGGGCGCAGGGGUGUACAGCGUGCGCUUCGUGCCCCAGGAGACUGGUGCCCACACGGUCAGCGUAAAGUUCCGGGGGCAGCACGUGCCCGGGAGCCCUUUCCAGUUCACCGUGGGGCCCCUGGGCGAGGGCGGUGCCCACAAGGUGCGCGCAGGGGGCACUGGCCUGCAGCGCGCUGUGGCUGGCACACCAGCUGAGUUCAGCAUCUGGACACGUGAGGCGGGCGCGGGGGGACUCUCCAUCGCUGUCGAGGGGCCCAGCAAGGCCGAGAUCUCCUUUGAGGACCGCAAGGAUGGCUCCUGCGGCGUCUCCUAUCUGGUGCAGGAGCCAGGUGACUAUGAGGUGUCCAUCAAGUUCAAUGAGGAGCACAUCCCUGACAGCCCCUUUGUUGUCCCCGUCGCCUCCCACUCCGAUGAUGCCCGACGCCUYACUGUCACCAGCCUGCAGGAGACAGUGGCAGUGAACCAGCCAGCGUCCUUUGCAGUGCAGCUGAACGGGGCGCGCGGGGUCAUCGACGCCAAAGUGCACACGCCUGCGGGGGUGGUAGAGGAGUGCUACGUGUCGGAGCUGGACAGUGACCGGUACGCGUUGGGGUUCCUGCCACGUGAGAACGGAGUCCACUCCAUCGACCUGCGCUUCAAUGGGCGCCAUGUGCCCGGGAGCCCCUUCAACAUCCGCGUGGGCGAGCAGAGCCAGGCCGGGGACCCCGGGCUUGUCACCGCCUUUGGGCCGGGCCUCGAGGGUGGCCGCACAGGGGUGCCUUCAGAGUUCCUGGUGCAGACGGCCAAUGCAGGRGCAGGGGCACUGGCCGUCACCAUCGACGGCCCCUCCAAGGUGGAGCUGGACUGUACCGAGGUCCCUGAGGGCCACCGCGUCACCUACACCCCGAUGGCCCCUGGCAACUACCUCAUCUCCAUCAAGUAUGGGGGCCCUCACCACAUCGUGGGGAGUCCCUUCAAGGCCAAGGUCACUGGCCCACGGCUGUCGGGGGGGCACAGCCUGCACGAGACCUCRACAGUGCUGGUGGAGCCGGUGGUGAGGGGGGCGUCGCGGGGCCCCCCUGCCUUUGGGGGGGUCACCAAGGCCCCGUCAGAUGCGGGGCAGGUGGUGGCCCGGGGGCCAGGGUUGGCGACCGCCCGCCUGGGCCACAAGAACCACUUCACCGUGGACUGCAGCAAAGCCGGCACAAACAUGCUGCUGGUGGGGGUGCAUGGCCCCAAGGCCCCGUGCGAGGAGGUACACGUGAAACACGAGGGCAACCGCGUGUACACGGUGACCUACAGCGUGCGAGAGCGCGGCGAGUACGUGCUGCUGCUGCGCUGGGGCGACCGCGACGUCCCGGGGAGCCCCUUCCGUGUCACCGCGGCCUGAGACCCCCCCGAGAUCUCAGGGGGUCCCAGGCCUGUCAAUAAAGCACUGCGA